CUCGACGGAGGAGUAGGAGUCUGGUGUGGAGGUAAUAAGCGAAUGGAUUAUAGCGUUGAGCAGAUGGCCUUCAUCAGUAGCUACGACAUGGGCGAGUUGAUGGCACCCCAAAAUAUGGAUUCCGGCUCUGAACCACCGGCGACCGGAAACGAAGCUCAACCCAGUACGAAAGACGUCGGCGACGGAGAGGAAAAACAUAUUCCGGACGCUGAUCAUGAAGGAGACCCGGAUAACACAAAUGUAGAUGAUGGUACACCAGACGUCCAUGUAGAAGUUGGGAUGUUGUUUGCGGGAAAAGAUGAAGCCUAUGAUCACUACAAGAAUUACGCAAAACGUAUAGGUUUUCCCAUUAGAAUUAGGAGCUCGACGAAAG